CUCACCUUCCACUCUCAAGCAAAAUUUGAAAAUCCUCUCUUCUUCAAUUCAAAUUCAACAAAUUCAAAAAUCCUCGCUUCUUCUUUUUGAGCUCUCUGAAAUUUCUUUAAUUCUUUUGUUCUUUCGAAUUAUUGGGUUAUGGAAACAAGCAGUGAAGUAUCAUGCGCGCUUCAAUAUAUCAAACAAUAUUUGCUUGAUGAAUUUUCUCCCGUGGGAUUGGGAAGUUCUUUUUCCUGUGAAAAUCAAUGGAUAACUGAGGCGAAACCUGAGGUUUCUACCUCUCAAUCUGAGUCUCUUUACUUGCAGACUUCGAGCUCUGAUUCCUCUCUUACAGUAUCCAAUUUUAACUGCCUCGACGAUGAUGAUUUCUUUAAAUUCUCUCCUCAUUUCCCUGGUUUCAAGCCAAACGGAAGUGAUGUUUUCGAAAUCGAGUCGAAACCUCAAAUUGUCGAUCUCAUGACACCCAAGUCCCUCUCUUCGAGCGCCUGUGCUUUCGAAUUUGAAGUAAAACCUCAAAUCGUCGCACUUUCACCGACAAACCCUCAAGCUUCUUUGAAUUCAAGCUCUCAGAAUCGAAAACCGUCGCUAAAAAUCUCGUUACCCAAUAAAGUUGAGUGGAUCCACUUCGGAAAACCGGAUUUAGCUCAGGUAGAGCCCAAGAAUUCAAAUUCCGAAGACAGGAAGCAUUAUAGAGGAGUCCGACAAAGGCCAUGGGGGAAGUUCGCGGCAGAGAUCCGAGAUCCGACCCGAAGAGGGUCUCGGAUCUGGUUAGGAACCUUUGACACGGCUAUUGAUGCCGCAAAGGCUUACGACCGAGCAGCGUUUAAGCUACGUGGCUCCAAAGCGAUUCUCAACUUCCCUCUUGAAGCCGGGAGGUUGGUUGCACGCGACGUGGACGGAGAAAGGAAACGGUGCAGAGACGAUAGCGAAGGAGAAGAGAGACGAGUAAAGGCGGUGAAGAGAGAAAAUGAUGACGUCACAAAGGCGAGAGAUAACGGUGAUGUGCCUUUGACGCCGUCAAAUUGGGCGUCGCUUUUGGAUUGGGAUACUGACGUGAAGGGAAUUUUUAACGUGCCGCCGUUAUCGCCAUACCCGUCGUUAGGGUUUCCCGAAGUCAUGGUUAUAUGACGGGAAGUGUUAGUAUCAAUUGGCGGUUAUUGGAUGACAUGGAUAUUUUAUGAAAGGUGGGGAAAUUUUUUGGGUUGUAUAUAAACUAUAUAUUAUAUUGUUUGAAUUUGUUAUUAGAAUUAGGCAAAGGAUUCUGACUGAAUUCAAUUUCAAUUUACUUAAAUAAAAUGAUUUUGUUUCCACAA